GGGUUUAAAAGUAAAAAUACAUACCCUUUGAUCCAGCAAUACCACUACUAGAUUUGUAUCCCAAAGAGAUAAUAAGGAAAAAUACUUGUACAAAAAUACUCAUAGCUGCACUCUUUGUGGUGGCAAAAAAAUUGGAAAAUGAGGAGAUGCCUUUCGAUUAGGGAAUGGCUGAACAAAUUGUGGUAUAUGAUGGUGAUGGAAUACUAUUGUGCUAUAAGGAAUGAUGAGCAGGAUGAUUUCUAUGUGAACUGGGAGAAACUCAAUGAACUGAUGCAGAGUGAAAUGAGCAGAACCAGGAAAACAUUGUACACAAUUUCCAUUUCUGAUGAACCAGACACAUUAUAUAAGCACCUCUCAGUUUUAGUAAAGGGCCAUGACAAGGCUGUAUUGGAUAGUUAUGAAUAUUUUGCUGUGCUUGCUGCUAAAGAACUUGGUAUCUCCAUUAAAAAGGUCCAUGAACCUCCAAGGAAAAUAGAACGUCUUACUCUUCUCAAAUCAGUACAUAUUUUUAAGAAGCACAGAGUUCAGUAUGAAAUGAGGACAUAUUACAGAUGUUUAGAGUUAGAACAUUUAACUGGAAGUACAGCAGAUGUCUAUUUGGAAUAUAUCCAACGAAACCUACCUGAAGGUGUUGCCAUGGAAGUAACAAAGACAAGAUUAGAACAAUUACCAGAACAUAUCAAAGAGCCACUUUGGGAAAUGUUGGGAGAGGAAGAAAAAGCAAGCAAGGCAUAAAGAUAAUCUUCUCACAUCUGGUUUUGAAAUGGAAACAUCUACUCAUCUAUACAUGUCAAGAGCAUUUACACAUAGCAGAGUUUAUUUAAAUUCUCAUUUAUUGGGGGUGGGGUGGGAGUGGGGGUGGCAGCAGCUGGGUGGCUCAGUGGAUUGAGAGCCAGACCCAGAGAUGGGGGGGUAUCCUAGGUUCAAAUUUGAUCUCAGGUACUUACUAGCUGUGUGGCCCUGGGCAAAUCACUUAACCCUCAUUGCCUAGCCCUUACUACUCUUCUGCCUUGGAACCAAUAUGUAAUAUUGGUUCCAAGGCAGAAGGUAAGGGUUUAAAAACAAACAAAUAAAUUAAUUAAAAAUCUCAUUUACUUAUUUGUCUCUUGGCAUUAGAAAUUUAAUUUUGGUGACAUGAAUUACAGUGUAAAGGGCAUCUUUAAAAGUUAUUUCAGGUUCUGCUUUUAGGACAUAUAAACAAAGUUUUAAAACUAUUGCAUGACAGAAGUUAUGUUAAGGCUUGUUACAUAGUGUCAAAGAGGCAUGCAUGCAAGAUAGAAAGCUGAGGACAGAAGAGCUGUCAAUCAAAAGGAACAUUCCAUUUGGGAAGUUCCCAUUCCCGGGAAAGACAGUUGGAGCCAAGCCAGGCUGAACUGGGGAGAAGCUUCUGAACUGAACCCCUUUUGACUUGUGGAGCUGGGGAGAGAGGCUUGUGAACUAAGAUUUGGCUGCUUGUGGCUGAUGGUGAAGACCCUGAAGCUUUUGCUGACUGACUGAGGUUACCUACCUGGUUAGAAGAAAAGAAGACAUAUAGUUGUCCUCAUACCUCCCUAACUAACUCUGUGUCACAGUUGUGACAGACUGCCACUUCCCCAAUGUCCUCCUAACUCUCAUUUUAGAGAAUAGGGAAACCUAUUCCCUCUUACCUUAUCCUCCAUCCUUGUCCUGUCUUCCCCAAAUAAAUCCCUUACUUGAGAAGAGAGAAAAGAGUAUCUUCUCUAAAUCUCAUAGUUCAUACUGAGUGAAACUGAAGAGAAAAGGGGGAGGGGAAGCUAAAGGCUUCAGAAUAGGGGAGGAAGGGAGAUUUGAAGAGGGAGGAAAUGGGAGGCAUUGAGGGAAGAGGGUAGAAAAACCUUGAUCCAUUAGCCAUAUAGGAUAUCAAUAGACACCCUCAGGAAGUAUCUAUCUAUUACAAUUGGCACCUCUAUAACAGACUGAACCCCACAAUCCUUAGAAACAGCAAAUAAAGACAUGUUUAAGCAGA